GUGAGUGACUUUAUCGGCGGCUUAACAUUAUGCUGCAACUUUUCGAUUUACAUUUAUGUUGGAAUCUUCUCAACGCUUCUAGAAUGCUGCAGUAAAUUAAAAUAACGCAUUGUUUUACAUUGAAUUUUGUUCUAUUCGAAUGUGGAUUUGUUGAAAUCCCCGAAAAUAAGAUGGACGAUGCAGACAUCGAGAUUCGGGGAUCGCUGCUGGAACAUCAAUAUCAGCAGCAGAUUCAAACACGCGACUCACCCCAAUCGGAGGACCAUGAGGAAAAGGAUCAAGUCAAAUCGAAGGCAAUUGUUCGGUUUCUGAAGGUGCAAAGUGCGGCCCCCUUUGCCCGGCUCAAAUGUAACACCGAUCUGAACAUGCCGCCCUCGAACUGGCUGAGCAAUUCGGCCAACUCAUACGGGUUGGGUCAGUUUUUGUCUCACCACAGUGGAUUCAGUAGCUUCCGGAUGGCAAACAUGUUUCCGGAUUGCGUAGGUGGUGUGGAUGUUGUUUCGGAUGCAGAAAACAUCAAACGGUUGCUCAAGCUGCCGUAUUCGAGGAAAAGUGUCAUUUCAAUGAUGGUUCAUCGAAUCGAAAACACGCUUCUGAUUGACGAGUUCGAUGUGGCCAAGUACUUGCUACGCCAAAACGAAAGCGAGUGGCACUGGUUGAGGACUUUCGUUUACGAAAACAUCUUGAAAAGUUUGAACGAGAACGAGAAAAAACUUUCCAUCCAUCCUAAAUCUCGGGAAGCAUUGGCUCAUAAAUAUUUGACCUCUAAAUUCCUAUACUACAGCCUCAAAGCGGAACAAGAAAACCAAGAAGAAGCUGGAACGGAAACGUUCCCUGAACCCUUCGAUGACGAUCACUGCCAACAGUUCAAGCCACUUCCGCCUGCCGGUCCGGUGCUACCGGAACCGGAUGAGGAGGAAAAUUGUCCGGAUCCACGGCAAGCUAAGCACAUUUUUAACCGGAAUGUGGUGUGGACGUUCGAAGACAUUAGGAUGCUUAUCGGUACCGAUAUGCCGAUAUUCGGCGGUGCUAAUCGUCCUUGCAUUAGUUUAAGAUUGAGGGAUGAAUCGAAACCGAUCAACGUACUAACCGGAAUCGAUUACUGGCUGGACAAUUUGAUGUGUAAUGUACCGGAGGUGGUUAUGUGCUACCAUUUGGAUGGCAUUGUUCAAAGGUACGAACUUAUCAAAACCGAAGAUUUACCGUACUUGGAAGAUUCUAAGUUCUCACCCAAAGUGAUUCGGAACGUGGCCCAGAAUAUAUUAGCAUUUCUUAAAGCAAACGCAACAAAGGCCGGACAUACAUACUGGUUAUUCAAGGCAAAAAACGACGACGUUGUGAAGCUAUACGACUUGACUACCCUUUGCAAAAACAAUGAACCUCAGGAACCUGUUGAGACAAAUGAUACGACAAACGAGGACGAGUCGAAUCAGAAUCCGUUCACCAUUCCGGUGGCCAUGCUGCUCUACACGGUGGCUCGAAAUAUGAAAAACUCAACCGAAGGAAUAUCGGCUACGAAAGCAGGGGCCAUCAAAACCCUUCUCGAUAAUUGUAUCAAGCUUCUGCCGAAGGAAAGAUAUCCCCAAAUCGUGACCUCAUCGCAUUACAUUCUAUCCGAUUUACACAUUCCUGCGGAGACGGACCCUGGUUCUCCUAAAUUCAACUCUACUCUUGAUGAGGAUGAAGACGAAUCACAGUCGCUGUUUGGAGAUGGCCAGACAACAAGCGCUUCUCCGCAACCGGAAGAAUAUGUUGAAAGUGAUAAAACUAGCGACCGGCUAGAAGCUGCUAUCAAAAGCAUCGAAGAAACGUUGCAGGAAUAUAGUGGCAGCGAUGGUUGGAGGUAUAACUCCCGACCUCCACCACUUUUGGGCGAAACGAACGAACGUUGCGAAAUAGCGCUGCAACAUAUCGCCGAUGGCUUAAGUUGUCUGCAGUACUUCGACAGCAGCGAAGAGCAGAAAAAUAGAGAAAAGGAAAAGGCCGAAGAGAAGCGACAAAUUUAUCACGAAGAAACUCAUCCCAACAUGGCCAAAUCGGAAGAUCCGAUUCCAUUACCGUACAGUCCUAUCAACCCUGAACCUAAGAUGGCCAACCCUAGUGAAACGAUACCAAUGAUAUGGAAAUCAACAUCUGAGAAGCAGGAAAUGGUAAACGGAACCACUAAGAAAGGGGCAAAAAAGAAAAACAAGCGAAAAAAUGAGAAAAAGGAUGUUCCAUCCGUAGAUCCAUCAAACGAAGUUGACACUAGAUCACUUUUGUUGAAAGGACAAAUCGGUGUCAUCAAAUCCUGGAACGUACAUCUUAAAAUUUUGCUUUUCGAAAAGGCUUGCCUCAUUUAUGCCACCUUAGCUGAGGUUUAUUACGCACAGGAAAGUUUCGGCACAUCUCUCCGUUAUAUUUACGCUGCCUUGCGCUGCCAGCAAGUGGUUACCAAAUACAUAUCUUGCGUGUCUUCGCAGCGUAGCCUUUUGCUCGGUCGGAUUGGCGAUUGCUUCUUCCAGUUGGCUAAAAAAUGGGAUAAUAUACAGCAGUACUUGAAAGAGUUCGAGGAAGAGAACCGUGUCGAUCAGCUCAUUCAUGAGGAACUAGUCAAGGACAUUGGCAGUGAUGUCGAGCAAACACUUCCACUGCCAUCUGAUAAUAUCGAACAACUGAUGGUUACCAGCUGUAGCUGUUAUGAAACGGCCAUUGCUUGUGCAACGAAAGACGCCAAAGAUGAACUGAUUCGCCGGCUCGGUAGCGUUCGAAAUGAAUUGGGUGUGAAGUAUAUGCACUGGGCACAGGAGGAAUUCCAAAAGUUUUGGGAACUGUCAGCAGAUGAACGACAGAAACUGGAAGAUAUCGCUACCGAACAAAAGUCCAAAUUUGAACCCUUGUACCAAGUGCUGGCCAUGAAAUCCUACGAUUCCCUGCAGAAAGGAGUUGGGCUAUUCGAAUCGGUUAAUGAUCCUACGAAUUUGGCAUUUCUUCUGUGCAAUAUGGGAAGAUUUAUGCGAUUCCGGGCGCACAUUUACCUUAUAGGCGAAAGUCCAAACAACAUUCAAGUGCAGAAAAAAUUCUACUACGAUGCCUUCGCGCAUUACCAGCGUGCAUUGGGCGUUCUGGGUUCCAGAAAGAAAAAUCCAGAUCUCUGGUCCUUGGUAACAUGGGAACUGUCCACAGCAACGUUCAAUCUGGCCAAACAGUUGCAGGACUACAACAAUGUGGAAAACGAAGGAACUCAAAGCGUGCAAGAGGUCGAACAAGAAGUGAUCGAAAUGCUACAGAAGGCGUUGAAACUGUGUGACCAGGAGCUUAACGGUCCUCGGCAGGUGCUGUACUCAUUCCGUGCUGCUCUUAUUCACCAUAGAAUUGCCUCCUACUAUCACUUUUCAUUUCGCUCGUUGUCUGAAGAAAGCCGUCGCAAGACAGUUCUUCAAUUGUGCAAACUGCACUAUGAGAAAGCGGUCAAAAUAUUUGAAAAUCUCAGUGAACCGCAGGAAUUUCUUCAGAUCCAAAUGGAACGAGUGGCCUUGCAGGAGUAUCAGUGCGAGUUAGCACAAACAAUUCCGGCAAAAAUGCGACAACUGCAGCAAGCUCUCGAUUUGUGCAAGCAAAGCCGACCAAUGAUUGAACAUCUAUCGAUGACAAAGUCCUCGACGACCAACAGCAACGUAAAUUGCAACGACAUUCAGAAGCUGCUUGAACUGUUUGAGAAAAGAUUGCAAGUUAUUCUGAGAACUUUGGCAAAACUUUGUCUUCUUUCCUCGGGCAACAGUGGUUCUAAGAAAGAGGAAUCAGAUCGCCUGGCAAGCCAUUAUAAGAACCUGUUCGCAGUAACUUUACAGAAACGGCCAGCCAGCACGGCAGAAGAUGUCACCGGAAAUGGAGGGACAUCCAGCAACCAUUCGAUUAAGGAAUAUGCCUUACACGUCAUGAACCUUUUACAAAAAGUGUGUGAUCUAGAUAAGUGUAACGGUUGAGUAAUUUUGAAUUAGUGAACCAUAAAUAUCCCUUGCAAAAGAAAAAUGUUAAAAAAUAUAUUUUAUCCGUUGU